GCGUCUGACACCUUCUGGGUGUUUAGGGAAGGCUAGGCGCCCCUCUCCACCCUGGUGCCCGCAGCCCUCCCAGUCUCGGGAUCAAAGACCACAGCCCACAUGGAGCUGCUGCCCCCGGGACUAGAAAAGGCCAAUGGGGGCGAUCGGGUGCGGUGGGGGGCUCCCAGGCAGAAUUUCAGCCACAGGAUGAGAGGAGGGAAGGACACCCUGGAGCAGGAAAGCAGGGGUGGAGCUGGAGCAGAGCGAGAUCUGGGAGAGGAGGGAGGAGCCCAGCGGGGCUGUGGUGGAGCCCGUGGUCACCCUGCAAUGCUACACGUGUCCCGAGCCCAUCAGCGUGUCCAGCUGCAUCACCAUCGCCACCUGCAACGCCAACGAGACCAUGUGCAAGACCACACUGUACUCCCUGGAGACAGUGUACCCCUUCCUGGGGGACUCCACGGUGACCAAGUCCUGUGCCAGCAAGUGCGUGCCCUCAGAUGUGGACGGCAUCGGCUGGACCCGGCCCGUGUCCUGCUGCAACACUGACCUGUGCAACGUGGAUGGGGCACCCGCCCUGGGUGGCCCCCGAGGCCUGGCCAGCGCCCUCCUCCUGCUCGCCCCACUCUUGAGCCUCCAUCUCUAGACCCUGGCCCACAGCCCCGUGUAGCCCAGCCCCCAGCGCCUCUGAAGAAUCAUGGCCCAC